AAAGAUCACAGUGACUGGCUUGAGAUGCAGACCGUAUAAUAGGCAGCUGCAGGCUGCAAGUAUUCAGAUGAAGAGACUCAAAGCAAGUAAACAACCUUCUAAGAGCUCAACAAAGAGAUGGAGACCGGGAUGGAUGCUCUCUACCACUCUGGAGUCCAAAUGGUCCAAUACCUCCAGAUGAACUACAAGGGUUCCCAAGACUGGUUCAUGUUCAUCUCCUUUGCUGCUGAUCUAAGAAAUACUUUCUUCGUUUUCUUCCCAAUCUGGUUCCACCUUUGUGAAUCAGUGGGCAUCAAACUCAUCUGGGUGGCAGUGAUCGGGGACUGGCUCAACCUUGUCUUCAAGUGGAUUCUGUUUGGCCAGAGACCAUACUGGUGGGUGCAUGACACUGAAUAUUACAACAAUAUGACUGCCCCCACCAUCCAGCAGUUUCCUGUUACCUGUGAGACUGGUCCAGGAAGUCCUUCAGGUCAUGCCAUGGGUUCAGCUGGAGUCUACUAUGUAAUGGUGACCUCACUGCUUACAAUCUUGUUGAACAAGAAACAUUCAAUCACUUUUAAAAGCAGAGUCUGGUGUGCCCGGGCUGCUUUGUGGGCUGGAUUCUGGGUUGUCCAGAUUUGCGUUGGUCUAUCACGAAUAUUCCUUGCUGCUCACUUUCCCCAUCAGGUUGUGUGUGGAGUCAUAUCAGGAAUGCUGGUAGCUGAGGUUUUUGGAAAUGUUCGAUACAUCUACAAGGCCAGUUUAAAGAGAUAUGUAUAUACCACUCUAUUCCUGUUCUCCUUUGCUUUGGGUUUCUAUCUGGUCUUGAAAGCAGUGGGAGUGGACCUCCUGUGGACACUGGAGAAGGCCAAGAGAUGGUGUGACCGCCCUGAAUGGAUCCACAUCGACACCACUCCUUUUGCUGGAUUGCUGAGGAAUCUUGGUAUCCUCUUUGGAUUAGGCCUGGCGCUCAACUCCCAAAUGUAUAAGGAAAGUUGUCAAGGGAAACUUUCAAGGCAGUUCCCAUUCCGUCUCUGCUGUAUGGCAACAUCUCUGUUAGUACUCCAUAUUUUUGACAGCUUCAAGCCACCUACAAAUGUUGAGAUGAUCUUCUACCUCCUUUCCUUCUGUAAAAGUGCUGCUGUUCCCUUAACCUGUGUAGGGAUUGUUCCAUAUUGUAUAUCCCACAUUAUAAACAAGAAAGAGAAGAUUCUAUAAGAGUCAACUGCACAUUUUACAUUGGACAUCUACAGGACACUAUUCCAAGAUGGUUGUCCUCUACCACACAUGUAAUUAAAAAGAUUACAUGGGAAAAUACAUUCCUGUACUAGUGACUACAGAAUUUCUAUGAAGGAAAAAAGGUCAAGCUAUGGAAUGAACUUCUAGUAGGGACUACAAGGAACUUCUAGUAGGGAAUCACAAAAAGACUGAUGUUUUUGUAUAGGGCUGCUCUACUGUCAAGAUCA